CUGCACCAAGCCCGCUCAACCCAUUGCCCCGACCACCUGCAUUUCACUCCACCUUGCUCCCGCUGGCGGCCCGUAGUUACGCUCUCCUCCCACUUAUUGCAGUACCAUACUACCCGCCGCUGCCUCCCUCCAGACCCCCCAGUCCCUCCUCUCAACUCAAAUAUCCGCCGCCAUGGUGCAGGACCUCAAGAAGCUGAUGCCGCAGGCGAAGGCAACCAAGACAGGCCCCGUGACCGUCGAGGUUCCCGGAGCUCAGCAAGUCGAGGGCGAGACGAUACCGCGCCGGAACGUGAAGGCAAAGGACGAGCUAAGACUCAUCCCACAUGAAGGCAUCAAUACGCUGUAUGACAUUCUCCGCUACUCGUCGUCUAAGUUUGGGAAUGCGAAGGCAGUGGGCUCUCGCAAGAUCCUCAACAUACACGAAGAGACAAAGAAGGUCAAGAAGAUGAUCGACGGCAAGCAGCAGGAGGUGGAAAAGAAGUGGCAGUACUUCGAGCUCAGCCCGUACAAGUUCCAGAGCUUCGUCGAGUUCGAGAAGGCUACCCUCACGGUUGGAGCGGCGCUGAAGAAGCUAGGGAUGGAUCCGCAUGACCGACUCCACCAGUUCGCGUCCACCAGCUCGCAAUGGCUUACCAUGGCACACGGCGCUUUGUCGCAAUCCAUGGCCAUCGUCACUGCCUACGACACUCUCGGUGAGGAGGGUCUCACGCACUCGAUGCUGCAGACUCACGCCAAGGUCAUGUUCACUGACCCCCACCUUCUUCCCAAGCUCGUAAACCCAUUCAAAGAGGCGAAGGAUGUCACCGCCGUCGUCUACAGCACCCACCAUGAGCCGAAGCAGAAGGACAUUGAUGCUCUUACGAGCGCACACCCACAUCUGAAGGUCAUGAGCUUCGACGAGCUCGUGAAGCUUGGUGAGGAGAACCCCGCGGAGCCCACCCCUCCACAAGCCGAUGAUUUGGCCUGUAUCAUGUACACGUCGGGAUCCACGGGAACUCCGAAAGGUGUGCUUCUGAAACACCGCAACGUCGUUGCAGCUAUCGCCGGUGUCGACGUCAUCGUUGGACCCUACCUCGGGCCUGGCGACUCCCUCCUUACAUACCUUCCCUCGGCUCAUAUCCUCGAGUUCGUUUUCGAAAACGCCUGCCUCUACUGGGGUGGUACUAUGGGCUACGGAACAAUUCGAACGCUCUCAGACAACUCGGUACGGAAGUGCAAGGGUGACAUUCGCGAACUCAAGCCCACGAUUCUAGUCGGCGUCCCUCAGGUAUGGGAGACUGUGAAGAAAGGCAUUGUUUCCAAAGUAGAGGCAGGGGGUGCCAUCACGAAGAAUCUCUUCUGGGGAGCCAUGGCCGCCAAGGGCUUCCUGCUCAACUCUGGCCUUCCUGGAAGUGGAAUUCUUGACGCAAUCGUUUUUAACAAGGUGAAAGAUGCUACAGGAGGCAAGCUGCGAAUUUGCAUGAACGGCGGCGGCCCGAUCGCGAAGGAGACCCAGCGCUUCAUUUCCUUGGCCAUUACCCCCAUGAUCAGUGGUUAUGGUCUCACCGAGACUACUGCUAUGGGGGCUCUUAUGGAUCCCUUGGCAUGGACUGACACUGCCCUUGGCGAACCGCCAGCCUGCAUCGAGAUGAAACUUGUUGACUUCGCCGAUGCAGGAUACUUUGCGACCAACAAGCCUGCGCAGGGCGAGAUCUGGAUUCGCGGAGGGGGCGUCUCGUCCGGAUACCUGGACCUUGAUGAGGAGACGAAGGAAGCCUUUACUAGCGACGGCUGGUUCAAGACAGGAGAUAUUGGGGAAUUCGAUGCUAAGGGCCAGAUCCGCAUCAUCGACCGAAAGAAGAACUUGGUCAAGACGCUCGCCGGCGAAUAUAUUGCCCUCGAGAAACUCGAAUCGGUGUACCGCUCUGCCCCUGUCGUCGCUAAUAUCUGCGUUCACGCCGCCUUGGACAAGAUGAAGCCCAUUGCCAUCAUUGUUCCUGCCGAGCCCGCGCUAAAGAAGAUCGCCGAAGAGAACAGCAUUGAGGGCGAUCAUCUAGAAGAGCUAGUACACAAUGACAAGUUAAAUAGAAUAGUGUUGAAGCAAUUGCAAACUGCAGGACAGAAGGGCGGACUAGCCUCUUUCGAGAUCAUUGAGGGUGUUGUCCUGGCUGAUGAGGAAUGGACACCUCAGAAUGGUCUCACAACGGCAGCCCAGAAGAUCAACCGCAAGGGCAUAUUGAAAAAGUACCAGAAGGAAGCCAACAAGGCUUACGGAGACUCUUAGUAGUCCCCUCCGCCACAUCCCUUUGACUUGGCUUUUCAUUCUGGGAAAUUGAUAUGGUCAACGGUAGUGAAGGCCGGCGUUCUUGGAAUAUGUGUGCAUCCGCCGACCGCCUGUGUCUCUUCUCAUGGCCUCGAAAACAUGUUGGUGCGUUGCGGCAUGUACUUUACGGAGGCCCCAGUUUCUACUUAUGCAUGUGUUGUUAAUGCUACUACCUUACGUCAAGUUGCCACUGCACUUUUUAGCAUAGACCCGUGCAACCUCUAGUAAUCUAGCUGAUUCUGG